AUGAAGGCCUUUCUGAUAACCGGGGCGAGUUUCUUGCUCUCGGGAAUGGUUCUGUUUAAUGCAUACUACCAAAAGAAACAAUUUUACCCCAGUGUUGUGUACAUAACAAAGUCAAAUCCUAGCAUGGCGGUCUUAUAUUUACAAGCCUUUGUUUUUAUUGUUUUGUUGGGAAAAGUGAUGAGAAAAAUAUUCUUUGGUCAGCUGAGAGCAGCUGAAACAGAGCAUUUAAUAGAGAAAUCGUGGUAUGCUGUGACAGAAACUUGUCUGGCCUUCACAGUAUUUAGAGAUGAUUUUAGUCCUAGAUUCGUGGCCAUGUUCACAUUUUUAUUAUUUUUAAAAUGUUUUCAUUGGUUAGCAGAAGAUAGAGUAGAUUAUAUGGAGAGAAGCCCAGUUAUAUCUUUAAUCUUCCAUUCUAGAGUUUUAUCGUUAUUAUCUAGUCUUGCAGUAGUAGAUUUAUAUUUCAUCAAUCAUGCGUAUUACAGUACUUUACUACGGGGAGCCUCUGUACAGUUAGUCUUCGGGUUUGAGUAUGCUAUAUUAUUAACAGUGGUAUUUAUGACAUUAUUUAAAUAUAUUCUCCACUCGAUAGACCUACAGAGUAUCAACCCCUGGGAGAGUAAAGCUGUUUAUUUAUUAUAUACUGAAUUAUUUAUGGGUCUAAUUAGAGUGAUAUUAUAUAUAUUCUUUAUGUUUAUAAUGAUUAAAGUUCAUACUUUCCCUCUGUUUGCUGUUAGACCAAUGUAUUUAGCUAUGAGAUCGUUUAAGAAGGCGUUACAUGAUGUUAUUAUGUCUAGAAGAGCUAUUAGAAAUAUGAACACAUUAUAUCCUGAUGCCACAGCUGAAGAUCUAGCUAGUAGUGAUAAUGUUUGUAUAAUUUGUCGUGAAGAAAUGGAUACCAACUGUAAAAAACUACCUUGUAACCACAUCUUUCAUACUUCCUGUCUACGUACCUGGUUUCAACGUCAACAAACAUGUCCGACAUGUCGUAUGGAUGUCUUGAGACUACCACGCCCAGCUCCUACCCCACCUGCUCCUCCUGCCCAGCCUCAACAACCACCCCCCUUUCCUCAAGCUUUUCAACAGUUUCAAUAUGGUUGGCUUCCACAGCAUCAACAAGCUCCAGCAGCAGCACCACCAUCUGGCAGCACAUCAUCAGCAUCAACUACAACAACUCCAUCUACCACCACACCAUUGUCUUCUCCCGGCACCAUGGGAGCACCCCCACCAUUUAUUCCUCCCAUGAUGCCCCCAAAUUCAUUUAUGCCAUUUGUUUACCCUCAACCACCCAGCAGUAUGUCUGGGUUAUCACGAGAAGACUUGUUAAAUAUGGAAGGGGAGGAAAGACAGAAUAUAGAAGCUCGUAUCCAUUGGUUACGUGAUAUCCAGUCCCUACUAGAUGGUGCUAUGCUGUUGAUUAAUCAGUAUAAUACAGUUGCGUCACAGAUGAGGUAA